CUCUCUCCACCUUGUAUAACUUCUGAAGUCCCCAUGGAUUUUAGUUUCUUUCAGCCCCAUACAGGGAGCUGUAAUUGCUUGCCAUUUGAGUCCUACAUGCAGCAGAUUGGACACUACGAGAUCCAUCCUAUUGCUGAUAAUCCAUUUGAAGGCAAUGGGGAAUAUACAACAGCUGGUUCCAUGGUACCCUCCGCAACCUUCAACGAGUUUGGUCGUCAGUACUACUCAGAAAGCGAAACCACGAAGCCUGUCGUCAACCAUGCUUCGUCUAUUGAUCAUAAAGUUGGAUCUUACCUGCCUUUGCUGACGCCCAAAACUGAGGUUUCUCAUCUCAUAGAAAGUGGCCUUGGAUCAUACAAGGCAUACGAGAUGAAUUGCAGGUUUGUGCAAAGAAAGAAGACAUCUAGUAAUUCGUUGAAGAAAGCCAAUGUUGUGAAAGGGCAAUGGACACCAGAGGAAGAUAGGAAGUUGGUAAAAUUAGUGGAACAAUUUGGACUGAGGAAGUGGUCUUACAUAGCACAAAUGCUACCUGGAAGAGUGGGAAAGCAAUGCAGAGAAAGAUGGCACAACCAUUUGAGGCCGAACAUCAAGAAAGAUAUUUGGAGCGAUGAGGAAGACAUGGUUCUAAUACAAGCACACAAGGAAGUGGGCAACAAAUGGGCAGAGAUAGCUAAGCGCCUACCAGGUCGAACCGAAAACUCCAUAAAAAAUCAUUGGAAUGCAACAAAGAGAAGGCAAUUUGCACGGAGGCGGAGCCGUACUAGCUCCAAGGGUCCCAAAUCAGGUACCCUUCUGCAAAACUACAUCAAAGGCCUUGGAAUUGGCCCAAGCAACAACGUCGCACCUCUUGUUCAACCUGAAUUGUCGCCUUCACUUGCACCUGCACCUUCCAGAGCAAAGUCAGCAGAGACGAAUGAUGAGAGGCAAAAACACAAUCCGUUCAACAUAAUAGCUACCCAAGGAAGAGGAACACUCAGCAUACAUGAGAAUAAUUGCGGCGAAACUCAUUCUUGUGAAGAGCUUGUAGCUCCCAUUUGUGAUGAUUUUUCAGUUGACAUGUGUGACGGUUUGUUUGACACAAAGGAGGAGGCGUUCCAAGUUUACACCGUAGAUGAUGAUGUGGACAUGAACUAUAUCUUCAACCAUCUCGACUAUACGACCAAGGUUGAUCAUGAGCUAGAUAUGGAAAUGGCAUGGGACGACGACGCCUUCGAAUUUGUUGAACCUGGAACGUCCCAAACCAAACCUAUGCAGGUCAAGGAGGAGAUGGAUCUGGUCGAGAUGGUGGCAGCCACACAGAAUUGCGCUGGGGCAGAAAAUAGCUAA